AUGGCUACCGCAGCACCCAUCGACUCUGCCCGUAUCCGACCAGGACAGUACUCUCGUCAACCCUCUGCUUUCUCCCCUUCAGACCUCCACGGUGGCAAGGAGAAUCAGCCGCUCUCUCCUCAAGUCGACAGAGGAAGAUCGCCAGCAGCCUCUUCCACCGCACAACCCAUCGCCAUAGAUCCAAAGUAUCGUCUUCGAGGAAAUUCGCCCGAGCAUGCCGACAGAGCUUCGCGGUCCAAAUUUGGCUCCUCCUUCAGCCCUAAGAAGGGUCUGCGCAGUCGCAGUCGAAACCGCAGCAGGCUGUUCGGCAAGGACAAGACCGACUCUCUCAACAGCCAGUCGGCUCCUGCUCAGCCUGCAGCAGCCACACGCACUCCCGAACAGAUCGACGCCGACUUCCUCGACCUUCUCGACGAGCUCCAGGUGCAGCCCGACCUGCGCCGCAAGCUUCUCUGCCUCAACUCUACCGUCAAGGCCUCCAUGCUGCAAGGACAGGCUUCGCUCAGCUUGGCUACCUUUGCGCUCGACGACGGCUCGACUUCCUUGUCUGGUUCUCCAACCAAAUCCGCUCGUAUGCCCAUCCCAGAGCUGCUCAAGGGCCGACCAGCAAGUCGUGCCCCUUCGACCAUCUACCCGUCGUCUCCUAUGAUGGAAUCGGCUUCCAGCUUAAACUGUUCCAGCGACUCUGCCGAGCUGAUGGCGCCCCCCGAUACAGCCCAGCUGUUCGGGUGCGGGCCCCCUCGACAGGUGUCUUCUGGCUCGAUGGACUCUAGCUCGUCGGGCUGUGCGGGGCAUGCCAAGCAGCCUUCCAACACAUCGCGUAGUGCGCUCCGCGACGCUUUCAAAAAGUCGACCCCAAACUUGGGUCAAGGGGGUUCGUUCAUCUCUCUUGCCGCUUCAGCCGCUGGCGGCUCGGGCAGCGUAGCUGGAACGGCUCGACCUCGCUCCAUGUCAUUUGGAAAAGAGGUCGCAGCUUCGUUUGGCAAAGAGACUCCAGAGAGCUUUGCGACCAUGCUCAAGUGCACUGAUGCGAGUCGCAUCGAUGUGGCGCGUGUCAAGCGGAUGCGGGCUGUAUUGGCUGCGGAAUCGCCGGCGUGGAUCUCGACGUUUAUUGGAGUCGAAUGCGGCGGGUACCAGGCGAUGCUGACGCGGCUCGACGAGCUGCUGGCUAUGGAGUGGCGGGAGGAGCAGCACGACGAUAUGCUGUUGCACGAGCUUCUGCGCUGCUUUGUCGUGCUCAGCACCACCGAGGUCGGUCGAGCCGCACUCGCCUCGCAAGCACCCCGGCCCUUCCGCCAGCUUGUCGACCUGCUCUUCACGGAUAAAAAACCAGGCGACCUCUCGACGCGCAAACUGAUGAUCGACAUGCUGGCCAUUUUGCUGGAUCUCCAACUCCCCGCCUCGCAGGCGCACUCGCACUCGUCGCUCAACUACCUCCUCCAGCUCCUGCAGAACCCCUCGGACCCGGCCAAGGACGCGGUCGUCGACUUUAUGAAGCAGACGCACGCGCCGCGCCCAUUCAAGACGUACGUGCUCGAGGUCUCGUGCGUGUGCCGAGACUACUUUUGGAUCUUCUGCCACUCGCAGAACUUCUUCUGGAGGUUCGAGGAGCUGCAGGACAGAAUCGAUAGCAUCCAGGGUCCCAAGGUGCCCGGGGGUAUGACGGGCGGUGUCGAGUUCGAGGCCAUGGCGUACGUCACUGCGCACCUGAGGCUGGUCAAUGCAAUCGCGAGCGUGCUGGUGCAGAUCAAGCCGCAUCAGCUGCCCAGACCUGCGAUGAGUGCCCUCGAGUUCCAUCAGAGCCUGUUUGCGUCUGGCGUCGAGAGGGUGCUGGCUACGCUGAGGCGCGCGUCGCAGCAUCAUUAUCCCACGACGCAUCUAGAGGUGGCGCGGUACAUGAGCUUGGCGCGCCAGGCCGGGUGUGCCUUGCCGCACCACUUGACCGAUUGGCUGGAGAGCGCCAAGCUGAAAGCGGCGCCGCUGCUGCCCCCGCUGCAGCUGCCGUUGUUGCAGGCGCCUGUACAGCUUCCGCCGGCAGGACAGGCUGCGGGUCUGCUGCCGCCCAUCCCCACUGCGGGCGCCGGCGCGGGGUACGGUCUAGCAGCCGCGUUCAUCACCCCGUCGACGCCCGUGCGCCAGUCAUCGUUCCAGCCACCUAGCGAGAACGCUGCUGCUGCUAACCCCGCAGCGAGCGGGGCAACGAUGACGCGAAGCAACGCUAUGCGCACCGCCUCGCAGUCGCCCACCAAGUCGCGCAGCUCCCCGAGCAAGCCCGACCGUGACGACGACUUUUGGGACUUCUCAGCAGUAGAGCCGGCGGCACCGAGACAGGUGGAAGUGGUCGGGUUUGAGCGCCGACUCGACUCGCAGUUCUCGCUCGCCGCCGAGCCGCGUGUCGGCAUGCCGUCCUCGUCGACGUCCCGACGCAUCCUGGGUCUCCACGAUGCCGUGUCCCAGGACCUGACCGCCCUCGCACAUCCCGACGCCGCGGCAAAGGGGACCGGAUGCGUCGUGGCCUCUCCCCCCGCCACCGCGUCGGCUCAGCAGCAGACACAAGCGGCCAUCGGCAGGGCACAUGCAGCCCGACCCGGUACCUCUUCCGUCGUGGGCUCGGCCGUCAAGAAGUGGGAGAGCAUGAGUGUUUCGCACCAACACCGUUAG